AUGAAACCCUAACCUCCAUUACAUUUAAAAAGCAAUGUAGCAUCUGAUAUGACAAAAGAUGAAUUCCGAAGAAUUUAAAAUGCUAUGAAAAAACCUGAAUUUAUGGGAUUGUUAAAUGAUUAUAUGUUAGAAAUUUCAGACCCAAAAAACAAAGACGAAUAUGAUCAAUACUUAAAAUAACUUUAAAAAGAAGGAGAUCUGCCAAAGGGUUUAAAAUUAGUAAAACCAUUAGCAGAAUUCGCAAUAAAGACAAUAAUAUAUUCUAAAAAAGAUAAAGGAUCUUCUUAAAAAUUAUUUAUUAAUAUUUGUAGAAUAAAUUAAAUAGAUUUACCAACCUUCGAUUUAGUAGUAAAAGACGGAAAGUAAGGACAGAAUUGGAAACUACCUUUUUCAGCAGGAAAAAUGCGUUAUGAUUAAGAUUCUAAAUAAGAAGUAUGUAAUACUAUAGAUGUCGCUUUUCAUCCCUAUGCGUUUUAAUUAGCUAAAAUGAAUAAUUAAUUUUAAUAAUUAAUUUGCUAAACUGCUUUAGACGCAGCAACAUAAUAAAUGGGAGAAAGAAAUGAAACUAUUUCUAGAGAUUAUAAGGUUUUUCUUAUUUUUUUUUUAUAAUUUUUUAUUUUUUUUCAGGUUCUUAAAAAUAUGAAAUGCAAAGGAGGUACUCCUGCAUUUUUGGCUAUAAGAACUUCAGGAAAAAAUAAAUAAAGCGAAAUGGAUAAAAGGUAAAAUGGAGAAGGUUAUGAACCUUCCUUAUAUAAAGAUUUAGUGAAAUAAAAAUAAGAACAUAUAGAAAAAUAAUAACAAGAAAAUAAUAAAAAUAAAAAAUUAGAAGAUAUUGAAGACGAACUAAAUGAGUAAAAAAAAGAUGAAUUUUUCGAUAAAAGUGCUCCUAUUUAAGCUCCUAAAUAUAAAAUAGUUUACUCUUAUCCUGUUAAUUAUGAAGACUUUUUAGAUAGAAGGGAAGAGUAAGCAUUAAAAAGACCUAUAGAACUUACUUUAGUUAUAAAUUUACCUGGAAUCACUAGUUUUAAAGAAAUUAAUGUUGAUAUAGAAGAAAAAAAUUUAGUUUUAAAUAUUCCAAACAAAUAUUUUUUGGAUACAAAAUUACCUUAUUAUGUAAUGUAGGAUGAAGGAAAUGCUAAAUUUGACUCAAAAAAGUAAGUUUUGAGAAUUAAAUUACCUAUAAAUAAAUCUAAAUUACCCGAUAAUCCUAUCCCUGAUGAUUAUGAAACUUUUAAAAUGGUUUUUGAAGAAAAUUAAAAAUUAAAAGAUUUAUAAGUAGAAAUCAAAUAAAAUGAAAAUAAUGAAAAUAAUCUUGAUGAUAUUGAUGAUGAUAAAUUUUACAAAUUAAACAUUUGCAUAUGA